AUGACUAACCGCAUCGGAGGAGAUCGCUGAUUUAAUGUGAUGAACGAGAGAAUAUGACAGACUGACGGUUGUAACGUUAUUUUACCUAAAGAAAGCAUACCUGGAAGAAAGCUCAAGCGUUUCUGAAUCUAACAGCCAAAACUCAAGCCUCCCCACAUUUUACGCGUUCCGUCCAACUUUGUAUGGCAAUCUUCAGUUACACCGAAUCCGUAAAUAACCUACAGAUAAAGGUAUGAAUAUCUCAGCGAAUAACAAAAGGACCGUGAAUCUGCUCAUGACAUCACUAUGGCACUCAAUAACGAGAAAAGACAUGAAACCAUUAUUAUAAUAGUCAUCAUUUACCUUACCCGAUCCUUGUGCGGUUCAAGCUUCGGUCGAUCCAUACGCAUUUCGCACCAUUCUUUAGGAACAUUCUUUAUGAAACCUGAAGAUUAAAAGGGAAAGCAUGGAAUUGUUAAAGCUUUGGCGAAUCAAAUAAACCCAAAUCGGAACCAGCACCCAGCAGAAAAACCAUCUUCGUCUAGUAGAGAAUAAAGUACACGAAUGCGGGGUUAGAUAUCCAUACGUACACUUACAGAGAAGAGGCGAGAAGAUGAGAAACAUGCGAAGAGGAUGUCCCAGCUGCGUUCUGAUGGUUGAAGAGGAGACGUUGAUGUGACCUGGCAAACGAAAUAAAGUUCAUCCAAAGGGACUGUUCUAACGAGAGAAGGAAUUUUCUAAACGGGACUACUUAGUGUGGUUUACGCUAAUAUGGGUGUAAAACUGCAGUCUCAUCGUGUGUCCUCAAGAGACACAUCCGUAUUUUCCCCGGAGAAAUAUCAGGUGUUUAAAUCCAGUAAUCCACAAUGCUGUCUUGAGAAUUCUGACCGAGAAAGGAGUGCAACCAGCCAGUAAAUCCGACAUAUCAAAAUGAGGUGAAAUUCUGAUUGGACCUACGCCAAUGGAACAAUCUGUUAUCUGCUGAGGAUCCAUCGACAAGAAAAGGGAGGAAAUUCCGUCGGCAGUGCCGUGCCAAUCGGCAAGAGCACAGUCUGUGGCAAGAGAUUCCAGUUAGGUAGACAUCUUCGAAUGGAAUCAUUGGAGUCGUUUGAAUGCGGCAGAUAGCGGAAGGAUUGAAGUACCGUGCAUUAAUAAGCAGGUCCAUCCGUGUAAUUGGGAUACGUUUUCCAUGGCCACUCAUCCAUGCGACCCACCUAACUCCACCCUCAUAUUGCCAUCGGUCGUCACUCUUUUUCGUAUAAAAUCGUGGAGGAAUGAGUUGGAAAGUAUCAGUUAUCCAGCUGUUUCAAACAAGUCAACUACUGCUCCAACAUGAAGUUCUUUAUCGUCGGUGCCCUUAUUGCGUUCGCUGCUGCCGAUUCCUACAAGGCUGCUGAAUACGAAGCCCCAAAAUACAACAUUUCCAAGUACGAGGUUCCUAAAUACGAGGCCCCCAAGUACGAGGCUCCUAAAUACGAGGCUCCUAAAUACGAGGCUCCUAAAUACGAGGCUCCUAAAUACGAGGCCCCUAAAUACGAGGCCCCCAAGUACGAGGCUCCUAAGUAUGAAGCCCCCAAGUACGAAGCCCCAAAAUACAACACUCCCAAGUACGAGGUUCCUAAAUACGAGGCCCCCAAGUACGAGGCUCCUAAAUACGAGGCUCCUAAAUACGAGGCUCCUAAAUACGAGGCUCCUAAAUACGAGACUCCCAAGUACGAGGCACCUAAAUACGAAACUCCCAAAUACGAAGAAGUGACAUACGCCUCUCAACCCUACAGCUUCGGAUACGACGUCCAGGAUAAAGAAUCUUACAAUGACUUUGAGCACAACGAGAAGUCCGACUACAACGUAGUCAGCGGAUCUUACCGCGUUGUUCUCCCCGACAGCCGCAUCCAGAUCGUCACCUACAAGGCUGACGCCAACGGAUACACCGCUGAUGUGAAAUACGAAGGGGAAGCCAAGUACCCCGAGUACGCUGAGCCCCAAUCCAAAGCUGAUGCUUCCUACUCCGCUCCAUCAUACAAGGCUCCCGAAUAUAAACAACCGGCCUACGUCGCCCCCGCUUACACCGCGCCAUCCUACACUACCCCAGCCUACAAGGAGCCAGUCUACACCACUCCAGCAUACACUACUCCAGUCUACACUACUCCAGCCUACACUACUCCAGCCUACAAAGCCCCUGCGGCCUACCCUAAAUAUUAGUUCUCAUCAAUUGCGUUUUCUUAAUUCUCAGAUUAUUAUUUAAUAAAUUCUUCAAACGAUU